AUGGAGAAAGAUCAAGACACUCACCCAGACGGGAGCAAGACGCUCACAGCCCAGUGCUACUGCAAAGCCGUCCACUUCACAAUCACCGUCCCGACCUUGUCCCUCCCGCUCAAAGUCCAUUUAUGCCACUGCAGCAUCUGCCGCUACACCCACGGCACACUCUGCAUUUUCCAUGCACCACUCCCAUCCGGCGUCGCCCCGUCAUUCAUCUCACCGUCCUCGCUCUCGGCCUUGACCGCCUACCGCCACGCCACUGCAUCAAGCACGCGCUACUUUUGCAGCACCUGCAGCUGUCACAUCGGAGACCAGGGUAUUGAAGACGACGACUGGGUCAUUUCUGCCUCGAUACUCGAUGCCAACAAAGACGAUGUUCCCUCGGUAUGGGAUAUUAGGCAGCAUGUCAACACGCACUCGGCGCUGGGAGGGGGGCUCUACGACUGGCUCCCAAGUAUCGCUGGCAAGGAGUUGAAAGUCUGGAACCCGAAGCCAGAUACGAAGCUCAAACUUCGCAGACCUGAAGUUGGAGACGACGGCAAGGAAGUGCUUCGGGCCCAAUGCCACUGCGGAGGGGUAUCUUUCACCAUCUCAAGACCAUCAGCCGGCGUCGAAUCGUACAAGGACUGGAUCUCGCCCACGGAACCGAACAAAUGGAUGGCCGGAACAGACACUUGUGGCGACUGCAGACUCCAGACAGGCGCCCACAUCACCGGCUGGGCGUUCGUACCCCAAUCUUGCAUCGCGCCCCAGGUUCCCGAGGACCUCACACUCGGGACCUCGAAGAUGUUUCAGUCAACGGAGAAGGUGUCUCGUUCCUUUUGCGGAGUUUGUGGCGCCUCGGUCUUGGCCUUCUACAGUGGUCCAGAACGCGCUCUCGUCAAUGGCGACAGGCUCUUCAAUGUCGCCGUGGGGCUGUUUCGGGCUCCGGAGGGCGUUCUGGCGGAGGACUGGUUGACUUGGAGAACUGUCAAGGUCGGUUGGGCAGAGAAUGGGAAGCAGUAUGACUCCGCGCUGGUAGAGGCAUUGGCUGAAGGUACCGCGAAAUGGGGCGAAAAGCACGGAGACAAGGGGAAGAUUCUGGAGAUGUAUCCCUAA